AUGUUCGGUAAAGAGGAGCCGGAAUGGGCACGUUACGCCCGGCAGAAAAGCGAACGAGCGCGUUCGCGAACGCCAGCCGACCCAAGUCAGCAUAGACAUACGCCAUCGACGACUCCAGUAGAUUACCGCUACGAGCGUUACGAACGACCUGAACGACCUCGAGGCGACUCACCUCGCGAGUUCAUGGAAAAAUCCAAAGUGUAUACCCACACCACCCAUCCGACCUACGGGCCAGCCUACUAUCAGACUCAGUCAUAUUCUCGUCGCAGAGGACACAGCGAACCGAGAGAGACCCAUCCUGGUUACGAGUACGGUGGCCUGGACUACACCAAGGGCCUACAUUUUCCGGCUGCUCCUUACGACUACAGUUACGAAUAUCGCACUCGUAGCAGGACCCGCGAUCAGCCUCGUCCUCGUUCCGGUUAUGAACUAGGUGGACUUGCCUUUGGAAAAGGCCAAGUGGCGCCGGGUCCGUACCACGGCCAUGGCCCGGAUCCACCACGACUCCGAUCGCGCUACUCAGCCGAUCCACGUUCGCCAUGCAAUUCGUACUAUGCACCAAAUGUUGAUGAAGUGGAUGCUAAUCUUCUCGUUGGUGACACUAUUUCUAACCAGAAGAUUCGUCAUGAGGUCCGCCAUAUUGACCAAAGCGAAUUCGGCACCAGCUUUGCACCACCGACUGGCUUCAAACGGGAUCACAUCACGGUCAAACGCAGUCCCGUGCCACCAGAGCCCAUUACGUUCAGUGUGUCAGCGAACAAGAAUCGCUAUGGCUCCAGCGGGAACGUUUCACAGGAACGUGAGCAAAUGUGGCGACGGCAAGUGCAGCAACAGCAACAAUAUCCGAUAUCAUCGGCUGGCGAGAAAGAGGUGACAGUGAAGACGCUUCUCAAUGACGACGUGCUUAGAAAAGUGGAUCGCGAGACCACACCCGUUUGGCGUGACCGUAGUCUCAGCAAACACGAGGCCUGGAAAUAUCGCUCCGAUCCGCGUCUCGAUCGACAUCAGGUCGUGAACAGCAUCACCUCUAAGCAAUCACUAUGUUUCACUCACUUGCACACGGGUUAA